AUGUCGAAACAAACCACUAAAGUAGGAUGGAUAGGCCUCGGAGCGAUGGGAAGUGGAAUGGCCAGUAGCCUCGUCUCUCAAGGAUAUCAAGUGAAAGCAUACGACGUCUGGAAACCCUCUCUCGAAGCUGUCGUCUCAAAAGGUGCAGAGGGGUAUGACACACCCGCUAAAGCCGCCGAGGGAGUAGACGUCUUGGGGUUGAUGGUGGUUAAUGCUGCUCAGGUUGAGGAUGUAUUGUUCGGUAGUGGGAAAGUAGCGGAUGUCCUCCAACAAGACGCAGUGAUCAUUUGCUUCUCAACUGUUCCGCCUAGUUUCCUAGUGACCAUAGCAGAGAGAUUAGAUGCUUUGGGUAAGAACAUCGGUCUAUGCGACUGUCCCGUGUCUGGUGGUUCCACAAGAGCGUCCACAGGCGAACUAGCAAUUAUGUCAUCCGGUACACCCUCCUCCAUCCAACGUGCUACCCCUGUUCUCAGCGCUUUGACCAAACCUCCUGUCGGGGCUCUAUCGGUCGUAGGAGAUAAAGUAGGAACAGCGAGCGACUACAAAUUGAUCAACCAGGUUUUCUGCGCUGUGCAAAUUGCCUCUCAGGGGGAGGUGAUUUCUUUGGCGAAGAAUUGGGGAUUGAAUGUCAGAUUGGUGUAUAAUGUGGUAAGAGGAGCUUCGGGAGAUAGUUUCAUGUUCGGCCACAGAGUGCCCUGGUCAUUGAACCACGACGGUGUGCCCAAAUCAGCCAUGACGAUCAUAUCGAAAGAUAUCGGUAUAGUAAUGGACGAGUCUCGCCUGCUCAACUUCCCAGCACCAUUAUGUAGCGUUACCGAACAGGUCUUUACGGCCGGCUUGGGAGCGGGGCUGGCAAGGGAAGAUGAUGGCUGUAUAUCGAAAUUAUGGGAAAGGUUCGGUGGUAAACCUAUUGCUGAAGAAGGAACCGUGGAAGAAGAAGAGCUCAAAGCCAAGGAACUUGAAAUCACCUCUUCGACCAACCUGAAAGACAAGAAGGUACUGGUAGUGGGUCUAGGUGCAAUUGGAUUACCUAUCGCUCAGACUUUACAUACCGCCGGGGUCAAGGUAGUGGGUUACGAUGUGAAUAUGAAAAAUCUAGAUAAGUUCACUAAAACUGGUGGAAAUGUUACGAGCGAUGUUCUGAAAGCUUCGGAAGAUGUGGGAGCUGUACUGUUCAUCACUAAUACGGCUAAACAGAUUGAGGGUGUUUUGUUUGGUUCAGAUGGGAAAUCAGGUAUAGCCUCGACAUGGCCUAACAACAGUACCGUCAUCAUCUGUUCUACUAUCUCACCUACUGAGGCGGCCAACCUACAGACUCUCCUCGAUAAGCUUUCCAAGAAUAUACAAAUAGUCGAUGCACCCGUAUCUGGCGGUCCAAAUAGAGCCUCUCAAGGUGAUCUAUCAAUAUUUGCUUCUGGUCCUACUGAAGCUUUAGAAAGAGUUCAUCCUAUCUUAUCGACCCUUUCUUCCUCUGCUUCUUCGUCAGACGGUAACAAGAAGAACCUUCAUUAUAUUCCAGGUGGAUUGGGUAAUGGAUCGAAAGUAAAACUCAUCAAUAACCUCCUAGCGUCGAUCCAUCUAGCUGUAGCUGCUGAAGGAAUGGCAUUUGCCAAAUAUAAAGGUAUGGACACGGAGAAGGUGUUUGAGGUCGUUAGAGGUGGGGCGGCGUAUAGUUAUAUGAUGGUUGAUCGCGUUCCGAGAAUGUUCAACCCUCCUACAUCGCCCCAUUCAGCCACCACGACCCUGGUGAAAGACUUGACCUUGGUCCUCAACGAGGCUAAGAAGGUCAACACACCUCUGUUCCUCGGUCAAGCUGCCAUGCAGCAAUUCUCCAAGGCGGUAUCGAGGGGCUGGGGAGGGGAGGAUGAUAGUUGUUUAGGGAGACUAUGGGAAGAUAUGGGUGUCAGUUUGAAAUUAUAG